ACCUGAGCGGGCGGGGGUGGGGAGUGCGCGGCGGCGGCGGCGGCGGCGGCUGCAGCGGCAGCGGCGUCGGCUCGGGGUUCUCCGGGAGAAGGGGAGUGCGCGGCGGCCGCAGCUGCCUCAGAACAGGUGAAGCUUUGUUCUAAGAAUAUUUGUUUCAUCGAGUUUAUGAGCCCAAAUGAUAUAGACUCUAAAUGUUACAGCAGUGGUGAAAGACUGCUCGGUCAUGAGCACCGACAGUAACUCAUUGGCACGUGAAUUUCUGACUGAUGUCAACCGGCUUUGCAAUGCAGUGGUCCAGAGGGUGGAGGCCAGGGAGGAAGAAGAGGAGGAGACGCACAUGGCAACCCUUGGACAGUACCUUGUCCAUGGUCGAGGAUUUCUGUUACUUACCAAGCUAAAUUCUAUAAUUGAUCAGGCAUUGACAUGUAGAGAAGAACUCCUGACUCUUCUUCUGUCUCUCCUUCCACUGGUAUGGAAGAUACCUGUCCAAGAAGAAAAAGCAACAGAUUUUAAUCUACCGCUCUCAGCAGAUAUAAUCCUGACCAAAGAAAAGAACUCAAGUUCACAAAGAUCCACUCAGGAAAAAUUACAUUUAGAAGGAAGUGUCCUGUCUAGUCAGGUUUCUGCAAAAGUAAAUGUUUUUCGAAAAAGCAGACGACAGCGUAAAAUUACCCAUCGCUAUUCUAUAAGAGAUGCAAGAAAGACACAGCUCUCCACCUCAGAUUCAGAAGCCAAUUCAGAUGAAAAAGGCAUAGCAAUGAAUAAGCAUAGAAGGCCCCAUCUGCUGCAGCAUUUUGUAACAUCGUUUCCUAAACAAGACCACCCUAUAGCUAAACUUGACCACUUAGCAACCAAAGAAGAACAGACUCCUCCAGAUGCUAUGGCUUUGGGAAAUUCCAGAGAGAUUAUUCCGAGACAGGAGUCAAACACUGACAUUUUAAGUGAGCCAGCUGCCUUGUCUGUUAUCAGUAACAUGAACAAUUCUCCGUUUGACUUAUGUCAUGUUUUGUUAUCUUUAUUAGAAAAAGUUUGUAAGUUUGACAUUACCUUGAAUCAUAGUUCUCCUUUAGCAGCCAGUGUAGUGCCCACACUAACUGAAUUCCUAGCAGGCUUUGGGGACUGCUGUAGUCUGAGUGACAACUUGGAGAGUCGAGUAGUUUCUGCAGGUUGGACUGAAGAACCAGUGGCUUUGAUUCAAAGGAUGCUCUUUCGAACAGUGUUGCAUCUUCUGUCAGUAGAUGUUAGUACUGCAGAGAUGAUGCCAGAAAAUCUUAGGAAAAAUUUAACCGAGUUGCUUAGAGCAGCUUUAAAAAUUAGAAUAUGCCUAGAAAAGCAGCCUGACCCUUUUGCACCAAGACAAAAGAAAACACUGCAGGAGGUUCAGGAAGAUUUUGUGUUUUCAAAGUAUCGUCAUAGAGCCCUUCUUUUACCUGAGCUUUUGGAAGGAGUUCUUCAGAUUCUGAUCUGUUGUCUUCAAAGUGCAGCUUCAAAUCCCUUCUACUUCAGUCAAGCCAUGGAUUUGGUUCAAGAAUUCAUUCAGCAUCAUGGAUUUAAUUUAUUUGAAACAGCAGUUCUUCAAAUGGAAUGGCUGGUUUUAAGAAAUGGAGUUCCUCCCGAGGCCUCAGAGCAUUUGAAAGCCCUAAUAAAUAGUGUGAUGAAAAUAAUGAGCACUGUCAAAAAAGUGAAAUCAGAGCAACUUCAUCAUUCGAUGUGUACAAGAAAAAGGCACAGACGAUGUGAAUAUUCUCAUUUUAUGCAUCAUCACCGAGAUCUCUCAGGUCUUCUGGUUUCGGCUUUUAAAAACCAGGUUUCCAAAAACCCAUUUGAAGAGACUGCAGAUGGAGAUGUUUAUUAUCCUGAGCGGUGCUGUUGCAUUGCAGUGUGUGCCCAUCAGUGCUUGCGCUUACUACAGCAGGCUUCCUUGAGCAGCACUUGUGUCCAGAUCCUAUCGGGUAUUCAUAACAUUGGAAUAUGCUGUUGUAUGGAUCCCAAAUCUGUAAUCAUUCCUUUGCUCCAUGCUUUUAAAUUGCCAGCACUGAAAAAUUUUCAGCAGCAUAUAUUGAAUAUCCUUAACAAACUUAUUUUGGAUCAGUUAGGAGGAGCAGAGAUAUCACCAAAAAUUAAAAAAGCAGCUUGUAAUAUUUGUACUGUUGACUCUGACCAACUAGCCCAAUUAGAAGAGACACUGCAGGGAAACUUAUGUUUAUCCAGUCCUUCUUACAGAUUUCAAGGGAUCCUGCCCAGCAGUGGAUCUGAAGAUUUGUUGUGGAAAUGGGAUGCUUUAAAGGCUUAUCAGAACUUUGUUUUUGAAGAAGACAGAUUACAUAGUAUACAGAUUGCAAAUCACAUUUGCAAUUUAAUCCAGAAAGGCAAUAUAGUUGUUCAGUGGAAACUAUAUAAUUACAUAUUUAAUCCUGUGCUCCAAAGAGGAGUUGAAUUAGCACAUCAUUGUCAACACCUAAGCAUUACUUCAGCUCAAAGUCAUGUAUGUAGCCAUCAUAACCAGUGCUUGCCUCAGGACGUGCUUCAGGUUUAUGUAAAAACUCUGCCUAUCCUGCUUAAAUCCAGGGUAAUAAGAGAUUUGUUUUUGAGUUGUAAUGGAGUAAGUCAAAUAAUCGAAUUAAAUUACUUAAAUGGUAUUCGAAGUCAUUCUCUAAAAGCAUUUGAAACUCUGAUAAUCAGCCUAGGGGAGCAACAGAAAGAUGCCUCAGUUCCAGGUAUUGAUGGGAUAGACACUGAACAGAAGGAGUUGUCCUCUGUACAUGUGGGUACUUCUUUUCAUCAUCAGCAAGCUUAUUCAGAUUCUCCUCAGAGUCUCAGCAAAUUUUAUGCUGGCCUCAAAGAAGCUUAUCCAAAGAGACGGAAGACUGUUAACCAAGAUGUUCAUAUCAACACAAUAAACCUAUUCCUCUGUGUGGCGUUUUUAUGCAUAAGUAAAGAAGCAGAGUCUGAUAGGGAGUCGGCCAAUGACUCAGAAGAUACUUCUGGCUAUGACAGCACAGCCAGCGAGCCCUUAAGUCUUAUGCUGCCAUGUUUAUCUCUCGAGAGCCUUGUCUUGCCUUCUCCUGAAUAUAUGCACCAAGCAGCAGACAUUUGGUCUAUGUGUCGUUGGAUAUACAUGUUGAGUUCAGUCUUCCAGGAACAGUUUUAUAGGCUUGGUGGUUUCCGAGUAUGUCAUAAGUUAAUAUUUAUGAUAAUACAGAAACUGUUCAGAAGUCGCAAAGAGGAGCAAGGAAAAAAGGAGGGAGAUACAAAUGUAAAUGAAAACCAGGAUUUAAACAGAAUUUCUCAACCUGAGAUAACUGUGAAGGAAGAUUUAUUAUCUUUGACUAUAAAAAGUGACCCCAUACCAUCAGAACUAGAUAGUCUAAAAAAGAGUGCUGACAGUUUAGGUAAAUUAGAGUUACAGCAUAUUUCUUCCAUAAAUGUGGAACAAGUUUCAGCUACUGAAGCCGCUCCCGAGGAAGCAAAGAUAUUUACAAGUCCAGAAAGUGAGACCUCACUUCAGAGUAUACGACUUUUGGAAGCCCUUCUGGCCAUUUGUCUUCAUGGUGCCAGAACUAGUCAACAGAAGAUGGAAUUGGAGUUACCUAAUCAGAACUUGUCUGUGGAAAAUAUAUUAUUUGAAAUGAGGGACCAUCUUUCCCAGUCAAAGGUGAUUGAAACACAACUAGCAAAGCCUUUAUUUGAUGCCCUGCUUCGAGUUGCCCUCGGGAAUUAUUCAGCAGAUUUUGAACAUAAUGAUGCUAUGACUGAGAAGAGUCAUCAAUCUGCAGAAGAAUUGUCAUCCCAGCCUGGUGAUUUUUCAGAAGAAGCUGAGGAUUCUCAGUGUUGUAGUUUUAAACUUUUAGUUGAAGAAGAAGGUUACGAAGCAGAUAGUGAAAGCAAUCCUGAAGAUGGCGAAACCCAGGAUGAUGGGGUAGACUUAAAGUCUGAAACAGAAGGUUUCAGUGCAUCAAGCAGUCCAAAUGACUUACUCGAAAACCUCACUCAAGGGGAAAUAAUAUAUCCUGAGAUUUGUAUGCUGGAAUUAAAUUUGCUUUCUGCUAGUAAAGCCAAACUUGAUGUGCUUGCCCAUGUAUUUGAGAGUUUUUUGAAAAUUAUUAGGCAGAAAGAAAAGAAUGUUUUUCUGCUCAUGCAACAGGGAACUGUGAAAAAUCUUUUAGGAGGGUUCUUGAGUAUUUUAACACAGGCUGAUUCUGAUUUUCAAGCAUGCCAGAGAGUAUUGGUGGAUCUUUUGGUAUCUUUGAUGAGUUCAAGAACGUGUUCAGAAGAGCUAACCCUUCUUUUAAGAAUAUUUCUGGAGAAAUCUCCUUGUACAAAAAUUCUUCUUCUGGGUAUUCUGAAAAUUAUUGAAAGUGAUACUACUAUGAGCCCUUCACAAUAUCUAACCUUCCCUUUACUGCACACUCCAAAUUUAAGCAACGGUGUUUCAUCACAAAAGUAUCCUGGGAUUUUAAACAGCAAGGCCAUGGGUUUAUUGAGAAGAGCACGAGUUUCACGGAGCAAGAAAGAGGCUGAUAGAGAGAGUUUUCCCCAUCGGCUGCUUUCAUCUUGGCACAUAGCCCCAGUCCACCUGCCGUUGCUGGGGCAAAACUGCUGGCCACACCUAUCAGAAGGUUUCAGUGUUUCACUGUGGUUUAAUGUGGAGUGUAUCCAUGAAGCUGAGAGUACCACAGAAAAAGGAAAGAAGAUAAAGAAAAGAAACAAGUCAUUAAUUUUGCCAGAUAGCAGUUUUGAUGGUACAGAGAGCGACAGACCAGAAGGUGCAGAGUACAUAAAUCCUGGUGAAAGACUCAUAGAAGAAGGAUGUAUUCAUAUAAUUUCACUGGGAUCCAAAGCGUUGAUGAUCCAAGUGUGGGCUGAUCCCCACAAUGCCACUUUUAUCUUUCGUGUGUGCAUGGAUUCAAAUGAUGACAUGAAAGCUGUUUUACUAGCACAGGUUGAAUCACAGGAGAAUAUUUUCCUCCCAAGCAAAUGGCAACAUUUAGUACUCACCUACUUACAGCAGCCCCAAGGGAAAAGGAGGAUUCAUGGGAAAAUCUCCAUAUGGGUCUCUGGACAGAGGAAGCCUGAUGUUACUUUGGAUUUUAUGCUUCCAAGAAAAACAAGUUUGUCAUCUGAUAGCAAUAAAACAUUUUGCAUGAUUGGCCAUUGUUUGUCAUCCCAAGAAGAGUUUUUGCAGUUGGCUGGAAAAUGGGACCUGGGAAAUUUGCUUCUCUUCAAUGGAGCUAAGGUUGGUUCACAAGAGGCCUUUUAUCUGUAUGCUUGUGGACCCAACCAUACAUCUGUAAUGCCAUGUAAGUAUGGCAAGCCAGUGAAUGACUACUCCAAAUAUAUUAAUAAAGAAAUUUUGCGAUGUGAACAAAUCAGAGAACUUUUUAUGACCAAGAAAGAUGUGGAUAUUGGUCUCUUAAUUGAAAGUCUUUCAGUUGUUUAUACAACUUACUGUCCUGCUCAGUACACCAUCUAUGAGCCAGUGAUUAGACUUAAAGGUCAAAUGAAAACCCAACUCUCUCAAAGACCCUUCAGCUCAAAAGAAGUUCAGAGCAUCUUAUUACAACCUCAUCAUCUAAAGAAUCUCCAACCUACUGAAUAUAAAACUAUUCAAGGCAUUCUGCACGAAAUUGGUGGAACUGGUAUAUUUGUUUUUCUCUUUGCUAGGGUUGUUGAACUCAGUAGCUGUGAAGAAACUCAAGCAUUAGCACUGCAAGUUAUACUCUCAUUAAUUAAAUACAACCAACAAAGAGUACAUGAAUUAGAAAAUUGUAAUGGACUUUCUAUGAUUCAUCAGGUGUUGAUCAAACAAAAAUGCAUUGUUGGGUUUUACAUUUUGAAGACCCUUCUUGAAGGAUGCUGUGGUGAAGAUAUUAUUUAUAUGAACGAGAAUGGAGAGUUUAAGUUGGAUGUAGACUCUAAUGCUAUAAUCCAAGAUGUUAAGCUGUUAGAGGAACUAUUGCUUGACUGGAAGAUAUGGAAUAAAGCAGAGCAAGGUGUUUGGGAAACUUUGCUAGCAGCUCUAGAAGUCCUCAUCAGAGCAGAUCACCACCAGCAGAUGUUUAAUAUUAAGCAGUUAUUGAAAGCUCAAGUGGUUCAUCACUUUCUACUGACUUGUCAGGUUUUGCAGGAACACAAAGAGGGGCAACUCACACACAUGCCCCGAGAGGUUUGUAGAUCAUUUGUGAAAAUUAUAGCAGAAGUCCUUGGAUCUCCUCCAGAUUUGGAAUUAUUGACAAUUAUCUUCAAUUUCCUUUUAGCAGUUCACCCUCCUACUAAUACUUACGUUUGUCACAAUCCCACGAACUUCUACUUUUCUUUGCACAUAGAUGGCAAGAUCUUUCAGGAGAAAGUACGGUCAAUCAUGCAUCUGAGGCAUUCCAGCAGUGGAGGAAGGUCCCUUGUGAGCCCUGGAUUUAUGGUAAUAAGCCCAUCUGGUUUCACUGCUUCACCAUAUGAAGGAGAGAAUUCCUCUAAUAUUAUUCCACAACAGAUGGCCGCCCAUAUGCUGCGUUCUAGAAGCCUACCAGCAUUCCCUACUUCUUCACUACUAAUGCAAUCACAAAAACUGACUGGAAGUUUGGGUUGUAGUAUCGACAGGUUACAAAAUAUUGCAGAUACUUAUGUUGCCACCCAAUCAAAGAAACAAAAUUCUUUGGGGAGUUCCGACACACUAAAAAAAGGCAAAGAGGAUGCAUUCAUCAGUAGCUGUGAGUCUGCAAAAACUGUUUGUGAAAUGGAAGCUGUCCUCUCAGCCCAAGUCUCUGUCAGUGAUGUCCCAAAGGGAGUGCUGGGAUUUCCAGUGGUCAAAGCAGAUCAUAAAGAGUUGGGAGCAGAACCCAGAUUAGAAGAUGACAGUCCUGGGGAUGAGUCCUGCCCACGCCGACCUGAUUACCUAAAGGGAUUGGCCUCUUUCCAGCGAAGCCACAGCACUAUUGCAAGCCUUGGGCUAGCCUUUCCUUCACAGAAUGGAUCUGCAGCUGUUGGCCGUUGGCCAAGUCUUGUUGAUAGAAACACUGAUGAUUGGGAAACCUUUGCCUAUUCUCUUGGUUAUGAGCCAAAUUACAGCCGAACUGCAAGUGCUCACAGUGUAACUGAAGACUGUUUGGUACCUAUAUGCUGUGGAUUAUAUGAACUCCUAAGUGGGGUUCUUCUUAUCCUGCCUGAUGUUAUGCUUGAAGAUGUGAUGGACAAGCUUAUUCAAGCAGAUACACUUUUGGUCCUCGUUAACCACCCAUCACCAGCUAUACAACAAGGUGUAAUUAAACUAUUAGAUGCAUAUUUUGCUAGAGCAUCUAAGGAACAAAAAGAUAAAUUUCUGAAGAAUCGUGGAUUUUCCUUGCUAGCCAACCAGUUGUAUCUUCAUCGAGGAACUCAAGAAUUGUUAGAAUGUUUCAUCGAAAUGUUCUUUGGUCGACAUAUUGGCCUUGAUGAAGAAUUUGAUCUGGAAGAUGUGAGAAACAUGGGAUUGUUUCAGAAGUGGUCUGUCAUUCCUAUUCUGGGACUAAUAGAGACCUCUCUAUAUGACAACAUACUCUUGCAUAAUGCUCUUUUACUUCUUCUCCAAAUUUUAAAUUCUUGUUCUAAGGUAGCAGAUAUGUUGCUCGAUAAUGGUCUGCUCUAUGUGUUAUGUAAUACAGUAGCAGCCCUGAAUGGAUUAGAAAAGAACAUUCCUGUGAGUGAAUAUAAAUUGCUUGCUUGUGAUAUACAGCAACUUUUCAUAGCAGUUACAAUUCAUGCUUGCAGUUCCUCGGGCUCACAAUAUUUUAGGGUUAUCGAAGACCUUAUUGUAAUGCUUGGAUAUCUUCAAAAUAGCAAAAACAAGAGGACACAAAAUAUGGCUGUUGCACUACAGCUUAGAGUUCUCCAGGCUGCUAUGGAAUUUAUAAGGACCACCGCAAAUCAUGACUCUGAAAACCUCACAGAUUCACUCCAGUCACCUUCUGCUCCCCAUCAUGCAAUAGUUCAAAAGCGGAAAAGCAUUGCUGGUCCUCGAAAAUUUCCCCUUGCUCAAACUGAAUCGCUUCUGAUGAAAAUGCGUUCAGUGGCAAAUGAUGAGCUUCAUGUGAUGAUGCAGCGGAGAAUGAGCCAGGAGAGCCCUAGCCAAGCAACUGAAACGGAACUUGCACAGAGACUACAGAGGCUCACUGUUUUAGCAGUCAACAGGAUUAUUUAUCAAGAAUUUAAUUCAGACAUUAUUGACAUUUUGAGAACUCCAGAAAAUGUAACUCAAAGCAAGACCUCAGUUUUCCAGACCGAAAUUUCUGAGGAAAAUACUCAUCAUGAACAGUCUUCUGUUUUCAAUCCAUUUCAGAAAGAAAUUUUUACAUAUCUGGUAGAAGGAUUCAAAGUAUCUAUUGGUUCAAGUAAAGCCAGUGGUUCCAAGCAGCAAUGGACUAAAAUUCUGUGGUCUUGUAAGGAGACCUUCCGAAUGCAGCUUGGGAGACUACUAGUGCAUAUUUUGUCGCCAGCCCACACUGCACAAGAGAGAAAGCAAAUUUUUGAAAUAGUUCAUGAACCAAAUCAUCAGGAAAUACUACGAGACUGUCUGAGCCCAUCCCUACAACAUGGAGCCAAGUUAGUUUUGUAUUUGUCAGAGUUGAUACAUAAUCACCAAGAUGAAUUGACUGAAGAAGAGCUAGACACAGCAGAACUGCUUAUGAAUGCUUUGAAGUUAUGUGGUCACAAGUGCAUCCCUCCUAGUGCAUCAACAAAAGCAGACCUUAUUAAAAUGAUCAAAGAGGAACAAAAGAAAUAUGAAACUGAAGAAGGAGUGAAUAAAGCUGCUUGGCAGAAAACAGUUAACAAUAAUCAACAAAGUCUCUUUCAGCGUCUGGAUUCAAAAUCAAAGGAUAUAUCUAAAAUAGCUGCAGAUAUCACCCAGGCAGUGUCUCUCUCCCAAGGAAUUGAGAGAAAAAAGGUGAUCCAGCAUAUCAGAGGAAUGUAUAAAGUAGAUUUGAGUGCCAGCAGACAUUGGCAGGAACUUAUUCAGCAACUGACACAUGAUAGAGCAGUAUGGUAUGACCCCAUCUACUAUCCAACCUCAUGGCAGUUGGAUCCCACAGAAGGGCCAAAUCGAGAGAGGAGACGUUUACAGAGAUGUUAUUUAACUAUUCCAAAUAAGUAUCUCCUUAGGGAUAGACAAAAAUCAGAAGAUGUUGUCAAACCACCACUCUCUUACCUAUUUGAAGACAAAACUCAUUCUUCUUUCUCUUCUACUGUCAAAGACAAAGCUGCAAGUGAAUCUAUAAGAGUAAAUCGAAGAUGUAUCAGUGUUGCACCAUCUAGAGAGACAGCUGGUGAAUUGUUACUAGGUAAAUGUGGAAUGUAUUUUGUGGAAGAUAAUGCUUCUGAUACAAUUGAAAGUUCGAGCCUUCAGGGAGAGUUGGAACCAGCAUCAUUUUCCUGGACAUAUGAAGAAAUUAAAGAAGUUCACAAGCGUUGGUGGCAAUUGAGAGAUAAUGCUGUAGAAAUCUUUCUAACAAAUGGCAGAACACUCCUGUUGGCAUUUGAUAACACCAAGGUUCGUGAUGAUGUAUACCACAAUAUACUCACAAAUAACCUCCCUAAUCUUCUGGAAUAUGGCAACAUCACCGCUCUGAUAAAUUUAUGGUAUACUGGGCAAAUUACUAAUUUUGAAUAUUUGACUCACUUAAACAAACAUGCUGGCCGAUCCUUCAAUGAUCUCAUGCAGUAUCCUGUGUUCCCAUUUAUACUUGCUGACUACGUUAGUGAGACACUUGACCUCAAUGAUCCGUUGAUAUACAGAAAUCUCUCUAAACCUAUAGCUGUUCAGUAUAAAGAAAAAGAAGAUCGUUAUGUGGACACAUACAAGUACUUGGAGGAAGAGUACCGCAAAGGAGCCAGAGAAGAUGACCCCAUGCCUCCCGUGCAGCCCUAUCACUAUGGCUCCCACUAUUCCAACAGCGGCACUGUGCUUCACUUCCUGGUCAGGAUGCCUCCUUUCACUAAAAUGUUUUUAGCCUAUCAAGAUCAAAGUUUUGACAUUCCAGACAGAACUUUUCAUUCUACGAACACAACUUGGCGACUCUCAUCUUUCGAAUCUAUGACUGACGUGAAAGAACUUAUCCCAGAGUUUUUCUAUCUUCCAGAGUUCCUAGUUAACCGUGAAGGUUUUGAUUUUGGUGUGCGUCAGAAUGGUGAACGGGUUAAUCACGUCAACCUUCCCCCUUGGGCACGUAAUGAUCCUCGUCUUUUUAUCCUCAUCCAUCGGCAGGCUCUAGAGUCUGACUACGUGUCGCAGAACAUCUGUCAGUGGAUUGACUUGGUGUUUGGAUAUAAGCAAAAGGGGAAGGCUUCUGUUCAAGCGAUCAAUGUUUUUCAUCCUGCUACAUAUUUUGGAAUGGAUGUCUCUGCAGUUGAAGAUCCAGUUCAGAGACGAGCGCUAGAAACCAUGAUAAAAACCUACGGGCAGACUCCCCGUCAGCUGUUCCACACGGCCCAUGUGAGCAGACCUGGAGCCAAGCUCAAUAUUGAAGGAGAGCUUCCAGCUGCUGUGGGGUUGCUAGUGCAGUUUGCUUUCAGGGAGACCCGAGAACAGGUCAAAGAAAUCACCUAUCCGAGUCCUUUGUCAUGGAUAAAAGGCUUGAAAUGGGGGGAAUAUGUGGGUUCCCCCAGUGCUGCAGUACCUGUGGUCUGCUUCAGCCAGCCCCACGGAGAAAGAUUUGGCUCUCUCCAGGCUCUGCCCACCAGAGCAAUCUGUGGUUUGUCACGGAAUUUCUGUCUCCUGAUGACAUACAGCAAGGAACAAGGUGUGAGAAGCAUGAACAGUACGGACAUUCAGUGGUCAGCCAUCCUGAGCUGGGGAUAUGCUGACAAUAUUUUAAGGUUGAAGAGUAAACAGAGUGAGCCUCCAGUAAACUUCAUUCAAAGUUCACAACAGUACCAGGUGACUAGUUGUGCUUGGGUGCCUGACAGUUGCCAGCUGUUUACUGGAAGCAAAUGCGGUGUCAUCACAGCCUACACAAACAGAUUGACAAGCAGCACGCCAUCAGAAAUAGAAAUGGAGACUCAGAUACAUCUCUAUGGUCACACAGAAGAGAUAACCAGCUUAUUUGUUUGCAAACCAUACAGUAUACUGAUAAGUGUGAGCAGAGACGGAACCUGCAUCAUAUGGGAUUUAAACAGGUUAUGCUAUGUACAAAGUCUGGCAGGACACAAAAGCCCUGUCACGGCUGUCUCUGCCAGUGAAACCUCAGGUGACAUUGCUACUGUGUGUGAUUCAGGGUCUUAAGAUGCAAAGGAUCCUUUGAAAAACUGUUUGCUUCUUUCUGUCCAUUCAGUGUUGGACAUACCUAUAGUGGGUAGUUUUCUAUCCUUUGCUUGCAUUUUUUACAUUGUUUCUUUUUUUCUAACACAAAAUGUAUGGUGUUUUUCCAGACACCAAGCAAUUCUCUGACAUCAACUGGGUGUCCAACCAUGCAGUUCAGUUUUGACACUGGAAGUUUGCAAAUUUGGAGGCUGCCAUGAGCCUCACCCUUAGGUUCAAUAAUUUGCUAGAAUGACUCACAGAACUCAGUAAAACACUAUUUAUACUUAACAACUAUCAUUUAUUAUAAAGGAUAGAAAUGAACACCGGCUGAAGAGGUGCACAGGACCAGAUCUGGAAGUGUCCUGAGUGCUAGAGUGUCUGUCCUCCUGGAGUCAGGGUUGUGGAGUUAGGGUGCACCACUUUCUGGCACACAGUUGUUAGAAACAAGUGCUUGGUGACAUAAAGAAAAACUAGCACUUAGAAAAUUUCUCAGGAAGGCACAUUUACUUCUGCAGAAAGGUGCUGCCUGCGUCCAACCAACCAAUCAAGAGCACACCAAAAAAAGGAGAUAAGAUUUUUAUACCUAACGCAGCUCCUGUUGCUGUGUCCUUUCCCCAUUGGCUGGAGUCAGACUGCACAAUCUAACUCAAUUGGCUAAGACAAACUUUUCUAACUAUGGUAAACAUGCAAUUUGCGAGAGGAGGAGAGGAAGAGACUGUUGCUAAGGCAGGAAGGGUAGUUUACAGAUCAAGUCUGGGCAUGUCUGGGCAUAUAGAGGUUUGCUAGUUACAAAUUAAGCAAGGGUGGGGGCUGUGUACAGAGCAAGAAAGACCGAGGGAGCUUGGAACUUACUAUUUCUGACACUUCCCCCUUUUGAUUUUAUUGUUCUUCCUCUUCAGAUUUCUUAAAUUUUUGUAACAUCUCUUGGCUUUGUAGUUCCUUUUGGUUAAGAGUAGGAACUUAAAUUUGAGUAGGGCAGGGGAGAAUCGAGAGGUUUUGGUAAGGGCUUUUUCUAUAAGCAUUUGCCUUAAUCCACGAAUACAAGGUAUGAUGCAGCAACUUACAAGAAUGAGUACGCUGAUAACAAUUGCAAGGGGGAUAAAGAUUGAUGUUAUGAGUCCUUUCUAUUUUCUAAACCAUUUUUCUAUGAAUUUUCGACUAUUUGCUAGGGUGGUAAGGCCCUGUAGGGCUUUUGUGAUUGUUCUAUUGGGAGCUGUGUUGUUAGGGAUAAAAGUACAACAUUGGACUCCAAUCAUGACACAGACCCCGCCCUUUUGGCCAAUAUUAUGUUAAGGGCUAUUCUAUUUUCCUAAGCCAUCUGACUGGUAGGACCUAAUUGUUCAGCUAUUCCUUUAAUGGCAUCCCUAGUAUAGUUAGCAAACCGUUGUUGAUUAUAAUAAAGGUAAUUUAUCCAGUCUACAUUUUUGCUUGCAGUUACCCAUGAGAACAAUAUAGAUUCAAAUCCUGCAGCUAUUUGAUUCCUGGCUUUAAAUUCAUUUAGCACCUCUUGUGGAACUUUGAUAGCAUUUAUAUAUAUGUGAGGAUCAAAAGACCCGAGGGGGGCACUUUUUUUUUUUUUUUUAUGAUUGUUCUUUCUAUUUGGUUGAUGAAAUGCCAAGGUGAAAGGGAUGGCUAAUUGGAUUAGAGCACAAAUGCCACUCUACUUACUUGGCAGAGUACUUAAUAGUGGUCCACUACAAUACUACCAUACAUCCGCUUGGGGAUGAACAAGGGCAGACUGGCUGGUUAACUUUUGAAAAGGCUCAGAUUCACUGCAUCCUGUUAGGCUUCUAAGGAAUGCUAAAUAUUCCCCCUGUCCUGAGAGACACAAGGUAAAAUUGACAUUGUUAAUUGGAGGCCAAAUAGCUCUCAAGGGCUGACCCACAGAGCCUUUAACUUCUGGGAAUAGUAACAAGAGAGAUUGGCAUGCCUUACUGCCCCAGGCUGUGAGGUCUUGGAAGAGAGCUACUAUGCAGUUCAUGUUCUGUUGGUCAGAGGACCAUCCAAGUGGAAAGCAGACAAUGUGGGUCUCUGCUCUUCCUGUUGCACAAGCACAACAAUCGCUUUUAUUUAAGGUGUGAGCGGAAUAUUUAAUCCAUUUCAGCCAAGCAUUUAUAUCUUGGUACCCAGUUUUUAUGACUAAAGUUUGUUUUAAAUCCGUGACUUUUAUUACAACUACUUUGGUUUUGUCAAUGGGAGAUGGUUUGAUUGGAUGGGCUUGGGGAAGGGGUAACAAUAGAGGAUAGCAGGGAAGAAACAAAGCGCAUUUCAAAGAAGCCUAUAGAGUCCUUUCUAAUGACAUUUUCUCCUAGACCAUAGAAGCGCCUAAGGUGGGGUUAGAGUUGCUAGAGGUAGGGAUAGUAAUAGAGAUGAGUAGUGGGUUGCACUGGUGGGUGUGACAGUUGUGGGGGGCGAUGACUCUUUUGGUGAAAUGGAGGUAAGGCUUUAGGGCAGCGCAAUCAUCUGAGGAUGUCUAACCUUGAUUUUUUUUUUUUUUUUUUUUUUUUUUUUUUGAGACAGAGUCUCGCUCUGUCGCCCGGGCUGGAGUGCAGUGGCGCAAUCUCGGCUCACUGCAAGCUCCGCCUCCCGGGUUCACGCCAUUCUCCUGCCUCAGCCUCCGAGUAGCUGGGACUACAGGCGCCCGCCACCGCGCCCGGCUAAUUUUUUUUUUUUUUGUAUUUUUUAGUAGAGACGGGGUUUCACCGUGGUCUCGAUCUCCUGACCUCGUGAUCCGCCCGCCUCGGCCUCCCAAAGUGCUGGGAUUACAAGCGUGAGCCACCGCGCCCAGCCUAACCUUGAUUUUUGGUGGUCUAAACAACAUAUGCCCAUUGAGAACAUAAAUUGGGGAGAGAGUGCUGAUCCCCCCACCAUAGGCGGGGUAAGGGGGCGGUAGCGGCUUCCCUGGAGGGGCAGAGGUAUUUUUCUGACGCUAUUUCUCUUUGGUGUUGAAGGUUCCUGCAGGGUAUAACAAGCAUUAAAAGUAAUAUUUUGGGAUGAGCUUGACUUAGUUACGUUAAUAAUAAAAUGGAAGCGGUGGUUAAGGGAAAGAGAAGAGAAAAAAAAGAGACAGACUGAUUAGACUUUUCUUUUUAACAUUACUUUGGUGGGAGUUGGCCCUGGGACAGCGGUCCAUGGCUUUGAAGAGGGCAAUGCUUUCUUGACUCGGGUAUAAUGGGUCUACCCUUUUUCAGCAGUUCAGAUUACUGUUUCAGUUGUUAAGAGCACCAGGUAAGGUCCUUCCCAGACCUCAAGAGGCUUGAGCUUUCCCUCUUUCCAACUUAUGAUAAGGAUGUGGUCUCCGGGUUGGUGUCAGUGAACUGGGAAUUUGAGGGGUGGAGUUUGUGCUAGGAAGCUUUGAGUCUUGAGGGAGUAAAGGCUGGAAGACAGACUAAAUACAUAGCUUCUAAGAAACUGAUCCUUUGUCUCAAAUGUUGGGAGGUCAUUAGUGGAAUUUAAAUAAGGCAACCUAUAAAGCAUUUUAUAAGGGGAUAAGCCGAUAUCUUUCUAGUGAGCAGUUCAGGCUCUUAAUAGGGUAAUGGGAAGACACUUAGUCCAUGGUAACCAAGUUUCUAGAUUAAUUUGGUUAGGUGGUUGUUUUUUUUUAAUUAAGUUUAGAAAAGUUUCUUUAGUGAUAAAAAUAAUCAAAUCCCUUUUCACAAUGGAAAGUUCUACAUGAUCUUAAGAACUAAAAUAUCAUGAUUUGAAAAGCAAUAUGGAAAGUUAUUUGCAGUACAAACUCUAUCACAUUCACUUAAAAAGCAGCCAAAGUUGCUUUUUUCUAGGUAUACAGGCAACAUUCCACACCAUUCAAUACUACCUCCCUUUUGUGAAACACUUUCUUCUGGUGGCUUUCAGAAUACUAGUCUCCUGAUUUUUCUUCUAGGUCACUGGUGGGUCCUUCUCAGUCUUUUGCUGGUUCCUCUUCUUUUCAUCUACUUCUUAAUGAUGGCAUACCUUAGGUCUCUGUCUUUUGCUACCUUCUCUUCUCUAGCUGUACUAGGUGAUCUUAUCCAAAGUCAUGGUUAGGGUCUUGACUGCAAUUUGUCCAGGUUCUUGGUGUUUUGAACAAAGAAUUGGACAAAAUGCCCAGCAAAGCAAAGAAAGAAUGAAGCAACGAAAGAACAAAAGCAGGAAUUUAUUGAAAAUGAAAGUACACUCGGCAGUGUGGAAGUGGACCCAAGCAGCGGCUCAAGGGCCUGGAUAUAGAUAGAAUCUUCUUGGGUACAAAUACCCUCCAGAGGUUUCCCAUUGGCCACUUUAUGCUCACCUCAUGUGAAUGAAGUGGUAUCCCACAAUCAGUCUGAUGGGUUGCCUAAAACCACCAAUCAGAGGCUGAAAUGGAGUUACAAAGGUCACACUCCUGUGGAAGCAUCUGAUUGCUGUUUGCAACUAAUCAGAGGCUAAGGUGAAGUUACAAAGUUGCAAAUGAAGACUCCACCCACAAUCAGUUUGAUUGGUUGCAGACAGCCAAUUUCCCAUCUGCCAGCACAAAAUGUGGGGGUUUUGCAAAGGGAGUAGCCUCUGGUCGUUUUAUUCUUUAGGUGUGAAAAGUUAGGGUUUUCCUUUCAAUUUAGUUCUAGGAAGUGAGUGUGAAACGGCCUUAGGUUCCCUGCCUCCAGACCCUAUUCUCCUGCCUCACCAGGAGGUGGUGGGCAUGAGAGUUGGGGGGUAUCUGGAAGUUUCAGUCCUCAAUCAUGUGGUUGAUUUUUCUGGUGGCCAGCCCCUAGGCUGAAGCUAUGUAGUCCUCCCCACUGAGAGUCAUCUCAUUAGCAUACAGAAGACAGUAAAUUCCAAGGGCUUUAGGGACUCUGUCCCAGGAACUAGGGACAAAGACCAAAUACUUAUUUUUCAUUAUAUCACAGAUACCUGUUAGGGUUUUGUUAUUGUUGUUUCUACAAAACAUUCAUUUAUUCUUGUGUUCAAGAGAAGUAAUAUCUUCAGUCAUGAUUAGAUUUCAGAUAUGAAAGAAUUUUUGCUAGUCUUAGCCCCCAGUCAUAAAAUAAUAUCAUGAAAACAUUUUUAUUUCCUAAUGAUUAUAACUAAGGGAAAAGAUCUUAAAGAGUUGACUUUGGUAGUACAAGUGUGUGCAAAUGAUUGAUGAUUUUGUAUUUCCUUGAUUUGUGCAUUAGCAGCUUUUAGUGUGUCAUAUCAAGAAGAAUGCUGGGGAAAUAAUAUAAUGAUUAUUUAUAUGGAGUUCUCUACUUUCUUAUUUUGGCAGUGUUUGAAAGUUAGGACUGAUCCUGAGGGAGUUGAAUUUUGUAAAGUUAAUUACUUUCCUGCUGCCAGUAGUGAUUUAUAUCUGUGAUAUUAUAUCAGCUAGUCAUAUGGGAAUGAGAAACAAAAUUACUUUUUCUGCAAUUACCAACUCACUAGUAGGGUAUUCAGGUGUCCCUGGGUAGCACACAAUAUAAUAGAGUAAUGGGUAAAACUUUUUCCAGUUUGAACAAAAAGGCCUUGUCAACUUUUUUUAAGGUCUCUUGAUACAUAUAUAAAAGAAGUCAUAAAGAGCACUUGGUAUAUAGAGAACAUAAUUUUUUAAAUUACUUUUUUUUUUUUUGAGACGGAGUGUCACUCUGUCACCCAGGCUGGAAUGCAGUGGCGUGAUCUCGGCUCACUGCAAGCUCCGCCUCCCAGGUUCAUGCCAUUCUCCUGCCUCAGCCUCCUGAGUAGCUGGGACUACAGGCGCCCGCCACCAUGCCUGGCUAAUUUUUUGUAUUUUUAAUAGAGAUGGGGUUUCACUGUGUUAGCCAGGAUGGUCUCGAUCUCCUGACCUCAUGAUCCGCCCGCCUCAGCCUCCCAAAGUGCUGGGAUUACAGCCGUGAGCCACCGCGCCCAGCCUAAAUUACUUUUUUAAAGAGAGGUCAAAUUUAUCUCUAGUGACCCAGACUAGAGUUCAUCCUCCUAUUUUCUUAUAGGCCAAGAAGGAAAGAAAGUUAUCAGAUUUAACCUAUCAAAAAUUUUGACUAUUUAUUGG